AUGGCAUUCACCGGCCCUGCUGAGCCUCUACCUUGUCCAGGGUUUCCCAGCAAACCCUCCAGAAGCAUACAGGGCGAAGAAUGGAAACAUCGCCCGCCAUACAAAAUACAGACCGAAGCAGAAUUCGGGCCAAUCAAAUGGCGCGGGAACUGUCUCUGUGGCAGAGUAGCCUACAUUUUGAAAAGAGAGAAGCCUCUCAAUGCAAAGUACUGUCAUUGCCGCGGAUGCCAGGUUGCCCACGGAGCCCCUCUGCAGUGGGCAACAAUCUUCCACAAGAACGAAAUGUCCUUCAUCCACGGAUCAAGCAAUCUGGCGUUCUAUUCCUCGACACAUAAGUCCCAGGAAUACGGACUGCCAACGAAAGUCUCUUGUGGGAACUGUCGCACGCCUAUCAUGGACGAAGGCCGGAAUGUCUGCUUGAUCUUUCCACAGUCGAUUGAACUGGAGGGAUCGAAUGACGAGCGAAGACGGAAGAUGGAGCUCUUGAGACCGACAUGUCAUAUCUUUUACGAAUCACGCAUGACGGAUGUUCCAGACGGUCUCCCAAAAUGGAGAGGAAUGGAAAAUGAUAGCGAUCGGUUGGAUGAUCAGGGUAACCGAAUUGAUGGCCCUUCACAGUAA